CAGUGCGCCCGGAGCUGGAGCGCGGGCAGGCGGGCGGGCUAGGUGCGCGCCGCGGGCGCCGCUUGGUGUGGCCGGCCCUGCGGGGAGGAGCGUCAGGGCCAGGCUUCCUCGUCCCCAGCGCCCCCUGCAUGGAAGGGUGGGCCGCCGCCGCGCCCCCGAGCCCCGCGCCCGAGCCCUAGUGGGACCCCUCCAGCCCAGGGAGGGGCUGCCCAGAAGUUUGGGAGGCGCUCGGGAAAGUUUGCUCCAGGGGGGCCGCGCGCUGUGGUCCGGGGAGGGAGGGUCCCCCUCCACCCCCAGAGGGUCUCUCCAAAGCGCCCGCGGCAGCAUGGCGAGGGGGGCAGGUCGGGAGGAGGCCGCCUGGCCGGCUCGCUGCUCCUCCGGCAGCCGGAACCCCCGCUUCCUCUCCCCCUGGAGUCGGGGCAGCGCUUUCCAGCGGCCCCUCUGGCUCGUUUACAUGGCGCUUCUCUGGAGGCUCAGCGCGGCCGAGACGGAGUUUUCCAUCUUGGAUGAAGCGCAAGUUUUAGCAACUCAGAUGAAGAAACUUGCCACAGAGGAGCUGGGGGUCGUCACUAUGCAGCGGAUAUUCAACUCCUUUGUGUAUACCGAAAAAAUCUCAAAUGGAGAAAGUGAAGUUCAACAGCUGGCAAAAAAAAUUCGGGAGAAGUUUAACCGUUACUUGGAUGUAGUGAAUCGCAAUAAGCAAGUAGUGGAAGCUUCAUAUACUGCUCACCUGACAUCACCCCUGACUGCAAUCCAAGACUGUUGUACUAUUCCACCGUCUAUGAUGGAGUUUGAUGGGAAUUUUAACACCAACGUUUCUAGAACUAUUAGCUGUGAUAGAUUGUCCACCACAGUUAAUAGCAAAGCCUUCAAUCCAGGACGUGAUUUAAACUCUGUUCUUGCUGACAAUCUGAAGUCUAACCCAGGAAUUAAAUGGCAAUACUUUAGCUCAGAAGAAGGCAUUUUUACUGUGUUUCCAGCACACAAAUUCCGGUGUAAGGGAAGUUAUGAACACCGUAGCAGGCCUGUCUAUGUCUCUACGGUUAGACCCCAGUCUAAGCACAUAGUUAUCAUUGUGGACCAUGGGGCUUCAGUCACAGAGACACAACUUCAAAUUGCCAAAGAUGCAGCUCAGGUUAUUCUGAUCUCUAUAGAUGAACAUGAUAAGAUCUCAGUGCUAACCGUGGCAGACACAGUAAGAACCUGCUCACUGGAUCAGUGCUAUAAGACAUUUUUGUCUCCUGCCACUAGUGAGACAAAAAGGAAGAUGUCCACCUUCGUUAGCAGUAUAAAAUCAUCUGACAACCCUACCCAGCAUGCAGUGGGAUUUCAAAAGGCUUUUCAAUUAAUACGAAAUACAAACAAUGGCACAAAACUCCAAGGAAAUACAGAUAUGGUCAUAAUUUAUCUGUCAGCUGGGAUUACAUCAAAAGAUGCUUCAGAUGAUGAUAAAAAGGCUACUCUCCGUGUCAUCAAUGAAGAAAAUAGUUUCCUCAAUAACUCAGUAAUGAUUCUCACUUAUGCACUCAUGAACGAGGGAGUGACAGGCUUAAAAGAACUGGCAUUUCUCCGAGAUCUGGCAGAACAGAACUCAGUGAAGUAUGGAGUGCCUGAUCGAACUGCCUUACCUGUGAUCAAGGGGAGUAUGAUGGUCUUGAACCAGCUCAGUAACUUGGAAACCACAGUGGGUCGAUUUUAUACAAACCUCCCCAACCGAAUGAUUGAUGAGGCAGUCUUCAGUCUGCCCUUCUCAGAUGAAAUGGGAGACGGUCUGAUAAUGACUGUAAGUAAACCUUGUUACUUUGGAAACAUGCUGCUUGGGAUUGUGGGAGUGGAUGUUAACCUGGCAUAUAUCUUGGAGGAUGUGACCUAUUAUCAAGAUUCUUUGGCUUCCUACACAUUUCUCAUAGACAAUAAAGGGUAUACUCUUAUGCAUCCAUCCCUUACAAGGCCUUAUUUGCUGUCUGAACCACCACUUCACACUGACAUCAUACAUUACGAGAACAUUCCAAAAUUUGAAUUGGUUCGGCAGAACAUCCUUAGCCUCCCUCUGGGCAGUCAGAUUAUUACAGUCCCAGUGAACUCCUCACUGUCUUGGCAUGUAAACAAACUGAGAGAAAUUGGAAAAGAAGCCUACAACGUCAGCUAUGCCUGGAAAAUGGCCCAAGACACAUCCUUCAUUCUUUGUGUUGUGGUAAUACAGCCAGAAAUACCUGUUAAACAGCUCAAGAAUCUGAACACCAUCCCUAGCAGCAAGCUACUGUAUCAUCGACUGGAUCUAUUGGGCCAGCCCAAUGCCUGUCUGCACUUCAAGCAGCUGGCGACCUUAGAAAGUCCCACCGUAAUGCUGUCUGCAGGUAGUUUUUCUUCUCCGUAUGAACAUCUGAGUCAACCUGAGACCAAACGGAUGGUGGAACACUACACGGCAUACCUCAGUGACAACACCCGUCUUAUUGCUAACCCUGGGCUUAAAUUCUCUGUCAGAAAUGAAGUAAUGGCUACCAGUCACGUCACAGAUGAAUGGAUGACACAAAUGGAAAUGAGUAGCUUGAACAGUUACAUUGUCCGCCGUUACAUAGCAACGCCCAAUGGGGUGCUCAGAAUUUAUCCUGGUUCUCUCAUGGACAAAGCAUUUGAUCCCACUAGGAGACAAUGGUACUUGCAUGCAGUGGCUAAUCCGGGGCUAAUAACUUUCACUGGUCCCUAUUUAGAUGUUGGAGGAGCUGGCUAUGUUGUUACGAUCAGCCACACUGUUCAUUCUUCAAGUGCACAGAUGUCUUCAGGACAUUCUGUGGCUGUGAUGGGCAUUGACUUUACUCUGCGGUACUUCUAUAAGGUUCUAAUGGACUUGCUACCAGUUUGCAACCAAGAUGGAGGCAACAAAAUAAGGUGCUUUAUUAUGGAGGAUAGAGGGUAUCUCGUGGCACACCCAACUCUCAUUGAUCCUAAAGGUCAUGCUCCGGUCGAACAGCAGCAUAUUACACACAAGGAACCCUUGGUAGCAAAUGACAUUCUAAACCACCCAAACUUCGUGAAGAAAAACCUCUGCAACAGUUUCAGUGACAGAACAGUUCAGAGGUUUUAUAAAUUUAACACUAGCCUAGUGGGUGAUCUGACAAACCUAGUGCAUGGCAGCCACUGUUCUAAAUACAGACUGACAAGAAUACCUGGAACCAAUGCCUUUGUUGGAAUAGUCAAUGAAACCUGUGACUCUCUUGCUUUCUGUGCCUGCAGUAUGGUAGACAGGCUCUGUCUGAACUGUCACAGAAUGGAACAAAACGAAUGUGAAUGCCCUUGUGAAUGCCCUCUAGAGGUCAAUGAAUGUACUGGCAACCUUACCAAUGCAGAAAGCAGGAAUCCUAGUUGUGAAGUCCACCAGGAACCGAUGACAUUCACAGCAAUUGAUCCUAGCCUACAGGAUGCUCUUCCACAAUGUAUUAACACGCGGUGUAAUCAGAGGCUGGAGAGUGGGGAUUGUUUUGGCGUGUUGGACUGUGAGUGGUGUAUGGUGGACAGCGAUGGAAAGACCCAUCUGGAUAAAUCCUACUGCGCACCUCAGAAGGAAUGCUUUGGUGGCAUUGUGGGAGCUAAAAGCCCUUACGUGGAUGACAUGGGUGCGAUAGGCGAUGAGGUGGUCACUUUGAACAUGAUAAAAAGUGCUCCGGUUGGUCCUGUAGCCGGAGGUAUAAUGGGAUGCAUCAUGGUGCUCGUUCUGGCAGUAUACGCAUAUCGUCACCAGAUCCACCGGAGGAGUCACCAGCACAUGUCACCUCUUGCUGCACAGGUCAGCAACACUCGAUUUAUAGCAGCUGUAAUUGAGCGGCACGCCCACAGUCCAGAACGUAGACGUCGGUACUGGGGGCGAUCGGGAACAGAGAGCGAUCACGGCUAUAGCACUAUGAGUCCUCAGGAAGACAGUGAAAAUCCUCCAUGCAAUAAUGAUCCACUCUCAGCUGGUGUUGACGUUGGAAACCAUGAUGAAGAUUUAGAUCUGGAUACCCCACCUCAAACAGCUGCACUCUUGAGUCAUAAGUUUCACCACUACAGGUUGCACCAUCCAACUCUUCAUCACAGCCACCACUUACAGGCGGCAGUCACAGUGCACACUGUGGAUGCGGAAUGCUAAUACAUUUUAUUCUUUGGGAAAAGAUGACAAAAGAAAUGCAGUUUGUUAGCAACGAUCCAUACAGCAAUGGGGAGCUUUGUGGUUGUGCUUUUACCAGGAAUGGUUUAACUACCUUCCUAAAGAAACUGUUACAUGCACACAACAUUUACAUUUACAAAAUGUAAUGUUGGCUCUGGAAUGGAGGGAAAAUCAGCAUGAUGAAUGGACCUGCCAUAACAUUUUAAUAAAAUGCAGCGGGAGGCCUGUUAGACCUCCAAACACAGAGAUAAAAGUUUAUACACUAACUAAAGCUUUAGGAACCCUGUUAAGCUGAGCCAAGAGAAGGGAGAGCUCAAAGAAGAUGAAGAUGUUUUACUUUCCUUAACUGGAAGAGUAUAAAUCUGUGCAACCAGAGACAAAAAGGGUGCUGGAUACAGAAAUGGGUUUUUUGAGGUUUCCGUUCGUUUUUUAGAAAGUACAUUGCUCUUACAAUUGCUGUGUGGGACCUGGGACAAUGCAUCUCAAGAUUUUUAAGUAAAGGAUUAUUUUUCUACUAUUUAUUGAACUUGAAACAUUCAUGAACUUUGGGGAGAGGGGAAAAAACACAUUAGUGACUAUUGACAAGGACAGCAUACAUUCUGUGUGAUGGUGAAGUCAUUCUUCCAAGGAAGGUGUCUGCUUCUUAUUAGCUGAUAUUCAUCCACAGCCCCACUUUGCAAAAAGGGAAAAUGAAGAAUCACUCUCUGAUUUGUUUACAUGUUUUCUAACCACAGUCGUUUUGUGUAAACUUUACCACCUGAUUUGUAAUCGGUUGGGUUUUUUAAAAUUUGCAAAAGGGAAGAAUCCUCUGCUUUCCUACCAAAGCACUAAGUAUUCUCCCUGUCUUUACACCUCUGACCCACUCUUAAAUGCCCUCAAGAUCUGGGACAGGAUUCCCUUCACUGUAAUAAUACAGUUUGAACUGCAUUAACGAUCAGAGAAUUCCAAAAUGAAAAACAUCCCAUUUCUCUGUUUCCUUAGACCAUUGGCAAAACCAGAAGGUGGUAAAACACAUUGUAAAAUUCAGGUUGUUACAGAAGGUUUCUGUUGAAAUCGUAAUUAUAAACUGCUGCUGUUUAUCUGGAAUUUAAUACUGCUUUGUGAUUCAUGCAGGGAUUAAUCAAGUCUCGCUAAUACAACAUGGGGCGUCAUAAUUUUAAAUUAGUUUUAAAUCACAGUGUUGUAUUUUAGAUUCACAUUGUGUGAUUAAAAUGUUCUAAAACAUUCUUGCACUGUGCAUAUGGUAAACAUCCAUUUAUGUAGAUUUUUUUUUUUUAAGAUUUCUGAAUACUGUUUGAAUGAAUAGGGUACUUAAUACUGUAUUAUGUAAAAAAAAAUUGGUUCAUAAACAGUACAGUAAAGUAAGUAUAUGUGUGAUAUCAGGAUACCCCUUUAUACUAUGUAUAAAAUUUCAAUCUCUAGUGAAAUAAACUGUAUAAAGUAUAGUUCUGUGAA